CAGUAGUCGUCGAACGGCAGCUGGUCUGUUUCGAAAAUUUCGAACACAUUACACAGUAAAGCCCGAAGUGCACGAAGAAGCGGCCUUAUCGUGGCGAAAAAAGUGCCGAACGCCUGUAACAGCGGCAUCACGUCUGACACAACGAUGUUGAGGUAACGCCUCGCAUUUUUUUUUCAAGCAAUUACACUCGGUGCGGGACGCGUAGAAUCAACAACCAUUUGAAUUUUAUCCACAGGCAUUACAGCAAAGUCAGUGCUCGUCGCGUUCCAGUGGCAGAGAAGAUUUCUCAGGAUCUCUAUAGGCAGAGGAAAAAAGCGACUCCGUACAGUGAAUGAUAUAAAUUUCCAUUAACCUGCGUACACAAAAGUGUCUCUCUCUCUCGUUGUCGCGCGGCAUAUCAUCGUCUCCUCGAGCUGUAUCGUUACUAUCUCUCGUUUAUAUCAUAUCUCUCUGUCUUUCUGUCACUUCUCUCGGGGUUGAUAACGACCAGCGCGCGAGCAACACACAUUAACGAUGAUGACGAGCGCGGGCGGUGGGGACGCCACUCGUCGCUGCAGAUAAGGUGUACCUGUGACGGCCGCCACAGCAGAGAAAAAGACGACACAAGCUGCGCCUCGGGCAGGAUGUUCCCGCCUAGUGGAUCCACAGCGAAGCUCGGGUGUUGUUGUCGUUCGCGCCGUAGAGACACUUUUCGUCGUUGAACAAUAAAAAAAAAAAGGUACACGCACGUGCGUUGUUGGCUGAAAAAAUUGCAACGACGCAAUUCGUAACUCUGUAAUAAGUUGUCGUGUAGAAAAAGUGGGGGUGUUCUUAUCUCGAUAGAUCGAGUGUACCGAUAGGUCAUUUCUCGUCUCUCGUUAUUAUAAUAGUAAUAUACGAGUCAUUCGGAAAACCGAUAAUCGUUUGGUCUCUCAUUUUUUUUUCGUUUCUUCGUCGCAGAUUCCGUGUGCGGUGUUGACAUAUAAAAAAAAAUCCAAGUGUAAAGUGUCAAGUAUAAGCAAGUGCUGUGCAGUGAACAACAGAAGUAAAUAAAUAAAUAAAUAAAUCCAAGUGCAUCUCUCGUCUCGCACCGAGGAAUCUUCGGCUUUGCGAGUAGACAUCAAUCGAAGUCAUCAUUAAGUCGACACAAGCCUCGAGCUGCGAGGCUGCGGCGGCCAACGACGAGCCCGGACAAGAAGGAGGCGAUCGGCAGCAGCAACAACAAGAAGCAACGCAGCAGGUAGCUCGAACGCCAAUGAAAAUGCUCCAGUCCCUGAGCACGCUGGCGAACAAGAUAUCGCCGGGCUCGCCGACCACCGACGGCAACGCCAACAAGGUCCAUCUGCACAACAACAACAACAACAAUAACAACAACAACAACAACGAUGGCGGCGGCUGCGUCGGCAACAAGAACGUCUCGCAUCAUCCGCAUCCGUACUCGAAGAAGGCCGUCGUCGGCCUCCAGUCGGCCGUCGUGCACUCCUCCCAGAGCAACGGCAGCAACGGCGAUCAGAAGGAAAAUACCAUCAUGAACAAUAAUCGUGACUCGGUCGUGGAGAAGCCCGAUCCCGACAACAUCAAGAUGUUCGUCGGCCAAGUUCCCAAGGACCUGGACGAGAACGAUCUGCGCACCAUUUUCGAGGAAUUCGGCCGGGUGCACCAGAUCAACGUGCUGCGAGACAAGUACACCGGCAGCAGUAAAGGUUGCUGCUUCGUUACGUUCUACACGAGGCAGGCCGCCCUGGCUGCCCAGAAUGCUCUGCAUAACAUCAAGACCUUCCACGGGAAACUGCAUCCGAUCCAAAUGAAGCCCGCCGAUAGCGAGAAUCGAAGCCAUCGAAAGCUGUUCGUGGGCAUGCUGUCGAAAAAGUUCACGGAGAACGACGUGCGCAACAUGUUCGACGUUUACGGCGAGAUCGAGGAGUGCUCGGUGCUGCGGGAGAACGGCCAGAGCAAGGGCUGCGCCUUCGUCACGUUCGCCAGCAAGCAGUCGGCCCAUCUCGCCAUCAAGGGCCUGCACCACUCGCAGACCAUGGAGGGAUGCUCGUCGCCUCUGGUGGUCAAGUUCGCGGACACGCAGAAGGACAAGGACCAAAAAAGGCUACAGCAGAUGCAGGCCAAUCUCUGGAACAUUGCUGGUGUCAACAUGAAUCCCCAUUACAUCGCGGCGAACGAGACGCCGGCCACGAUAAGCCCGGCGCAGACGUCGCUGCAGCUGCUGCAGCAGUUGCAGGCGACGACGAGCGCCGCGGCGACGCCCGUCGCCCCGAAUCCCGCGCCCUCGAACGCCCUGACGAGCGUGCAGCACCAGCUGCUGCUCCAGCAGCAGUUGGGCCUGAGCAGCGUGGCGCCGACGACGCCCCAGCAGGCCAGCGUGCCGACCGUGCCCGAGAUCAGCUCCGCCAAUCUUCAGAGCCUAGCGCAGCUCGCGUCCCUCGGCAGCUCGGCCAGCGACUACGCUAAUGCCGGAGUUUCGCCGAUCAGCAUGCAGAAUCUCGUUACUCUCGCUGCUAUGACGGGUGGUACUAGUAAUCUGCAAGUCUCGCCAAACAGUGAGUACACGCUUAAUGGAUUGGCCAAUUCUACAGCAGGUAUGUCACUAUCAGCCCUCCUCGGAAAGACAGGAAACACAGGGUCAUCCGGCGGCAGUUUGAGCCCUGUCACUUCAUUGGCGCUAAAUUCGUUGACAGGUGCGCCGCUGAGUGGACUCCAAGAAUCACUGAGUAACGCCUACUCAAGCUUGCAACAAUAUGCAGCUCUCAUUGGAAAAACUACGGUCACUGUGGAAAAGAAAGAAUUACACAGGUUUCCUGCAUUUACCACAACUGCAUCAGUACCCACAACGCCAACCUUCAACGAUUUCCGUUUGUUGUCUAAACAAAUCGAGGGUCCCGAAGGUUGCAACUUGUUCAUCUAUCAUCUGCCGCAUACUUACACGGACACGGAUCUUAUAACGAUGUUCAUGCCGUUCGGAAAUGUGCUCUCCGCCAAGGUUUUCAUCGACAAGGAGACCAAGAAGAGCAAAUGUUUCGGCUUCGUUUCGUACGACAAGGCGUCUAGCGCUCAGAAAGCUAUACAGAUGAUGCACGGCUUCCAGAUCGGCACCAAACGACUUAAAGUUCAAUUGAAGAAGUCGAAGGAUAACUCCAAGCCUUACUAGCCCGGUGUCGACGAUUUUCCCAUUAGUAGGUGGCCUGUGACGUUGUGACCGUGUACACACUAUUGAGCGGAGUCGCCAUGCCAUGUCUGUUUCUCCGUAAAAAAAAAACGAAAAAACGAUCGGACUUUGCUGCGCUUAAACUAUCGCACGAUCCGAUCCUUGAUCUCUUCGCUCUUGGAUUCCACAUACGUCAUUAUUAUUUAUUUAAGAAGACAUACAUUCUACUUUCCCAUUUCUUUCUCUCUUUCUUUUUCACGAUCUUUGCAUUUUUAUACUUAUAUUCGUUUCUAGCCAUCUCUAUUGCUCUCAUUUAAUGAUCAAUCUAUUAUUACAUUUAUCAUCAUUGUACCAAAAAAACGUGCAAGCACAUGUAUGUGUCGCCAAAAACGAAAAGUACCCUCACAGUGUAACUAGACAUCAGUUAACUAUUGAAGAUAAACAUCUAAAAAAACAAACGUGAUUGUAAAUACGCAUUAAUAUUGUAUUGUAACAGCUAAAAUUUUAAUCUUGAAAAGGUUGACCGUAACUCCCAAAUUUCUGUCUCCACUUUUCACUAGUAUACACCAGACACCUGUUAUGUAUGAAUUUGUGGGAAUUUUUUUUCUUUCAUCGUAAAAAAUUUGCGCUAUUGCACUUGUUUAUUUGUUUUUCGUAGAAAAGAGUAUUGAUUUUUAUGUAAGUGGUAAAUUUAUAACAUUAACGCGAAAAGGUUGGCUGAUCGGGUUUGAUUCAAUGAAGGACAACAACGGUGAUUGGACCAUAGCUUUAAACAAGUUCAUUAAAAUGAGAGAACGAGAGUAGAAUAGAAAUGAAAAAGUAUAUGUGUAUAUUAAGACGUGGCUAAAAAAAAUAAUUGCGAUUGUUGUACGUUUUUUUUAUAAUGAAGCUCUGUACAUAAGCAACUUUAUAUGUAUGUAUAUGUUUCUAUGCCUGUCAUAAAUAUGUGUGGGUAUGUAUGCACAGAACAAUACAAUGUUUGAGCUGUGACUAUAAUAUUAAUAGAAAAAAAGUGUAUAACGUCAUUCUGACGUCAAAAUUUCUUCAAUACAACGGAAUACAUGCAUAUUUUUUUUUGUAAAAUAAUGAACGUUCGAGUAUUAUGUAACAUACAAUCGACGACUGAGCUACUUAUAAUAUGACAAUGCGUAAAAUCGUAAACAAAAUAUCAUUGAAAAAGAAAGAGAGAAAAAUUUAGAAAAAUGAUAAACCAAAAAUAAUAAUAGUAUUGAAGGUAUGCUCGCAGAAAUCCGGUAUACUGAUAUUCACGGUGCGACAAGAGAGAACAAAUUUUUUUCUCAAAAAAAAAGACUCUGUAAUAAGAAUGUAAAAAAGUAGCAAGAUGAAAAAGUUAGGA